AUGCCCCCAGGAAAGGAGUAUCCGCAGUCGCCCAUUGCCAAAGUCUGUCGCGCCAAGUACAACUGGGUGGCUCAAACCGAUGGUGGCCGCUUCACUCGAGAUCCCAGCAAGAUGCUUCCCAUCCUCCAAGUGGCUGGAGGGGGAGGGAAGUGGACCUGCGACGUUUGUGGCAAGACCCUUGGGCUGGAAGGGAACUGCUCAGAGCAGCUCUUCAUUUUCCGGGCCUUUCUUCGAAAGGAGCAUUUGCAGAGUCUGGAGGGCAGGUGUUUGGAUCCCUUUGUGGCCUACAUCAGCUUCAAGUGCGGUCGUGGCUUGCUUGGGCAGCUCAGUGAAUACAUGCGCUUCAGGGAGGAGGUUUUCAGCCUCACCACCAAGCACAGCGACCUCGACGAGGCGCGGCAGCAGCUGGAGGAUGCCUUGAAACACUACAACCGCGAGGACCAGCAGUUCUUGGUGGACGAGUUGGAACGGCUCGCAGGUGUCGGGCCUGGUGGAGCGCCCAAGACGGUGGAGAUGGAUUCAGUGGAACGGCUGGUGCCGGGAGCUCACCCUGCAGUGCUCCUUCGAACACCGGAGGACGUCUUCAGGGCUAUGGCACGCACCCUGGCGCCACGCGUUGGCGCUCGUCUUCUUGCGGCUGCCACCAUCAGCCAGCUGCAAGAGGAGGGCUCGGAAGUGACUGGCUACCUGCAUAGUGUCAAGAGCAGCUUAGACGCCGGGGGCCCCUUGCCUCAGGCGCCGCUGCGCUGGCCCCUGGCGCAGGUGGAGGGCACCAUCCAAGCGGCGCUGCGGGCCAUGAACGGCCAAGGCGAGCGACCCCAGCUGCGAGUAGAGCUUGCAUGCUCGUGGGAUGCCAAGAUGAAGGCCUUUGGGCCGAAGAAGGCGGACCUGACGCUGCGGCUGGGCUACCUGCAAGCCAGGCAGGCCUUACACGCCUUUGUCCCCGGCGCGCGGCUUCAGCGCGAGGACGCGGCGCAGCUGCAGCAGCGUCUAGAUGCGGUGAGCGGCGAGUUGCAGCCGGUGGCAGCUGGUGGACUAGCAUCGUCGUUGCCGGGAAUGAACUUGCGACCGGCACCUCGAUUGAUGGGUCGUGCCGAAAGCUUGGGCUAUGGGUGGCAUUCGUCUGACUGGGCCCAGAGGCUGAAGGUGGCCGCGCUCUACGUGUAUCCCAUCAAGUCCUGCCGGGGCCACAGCAUGGGGAAGGCCACGGUCACCAAGUGGGGCCUGGAAGAUGACAGGAUCUACAUGGUCGUGGACGAGAAGAAUGAAAUGGUCACCCAACGACAACAUCCUCGGAUGGCGUUGAUCCAUCCGGACUUGCCGACCAAGAACGGCAUCACCCUGCGGGUGGCCGAUGGCAGCCUUGCAGCGCUGCACGUGUUUCUGGAUAUGAAGUCGGCGCCAAAGAACGUCAAGGUCUGGGAUGAUUGGGUGCAGGCCGUAGAUCAAGGGAAUGCAGCGGCUGAGUGGUUGAGCACCGUGCUGCAGGUGCCCAAGCUUCGUUUGGUGCGCAUCUCUGCUACCGCGCAGCGCGCCACGGACCCCAGCUACGGCCUGGGGGAGACGGCCUUCUCCGACGGCUUCCCGGUGCUGGUGAGCUCCACUGCCUCGGUGGCCUUGGUGGCGCGGAAGGUGCUGAGAGCCGGUGGCCCGCAGAUCGGCAUUGAUCGCUUCAGACCCAACAUCCAUGUGGACGGCUGCAAGGCUUUCGAGGAGGAUGAAAUGAAGGCGCUGGUGCUCAGCAGCUCCGACAGCUCCCUGCGCCUGCCAUUGGUGAAGCCUUGCAGCCGCUGUACCAUCCCGGGAAUCGACCCCUCCACCGGCACGCGCACGAAGCAGACGGGCGGCGCGCUGACGGAGAUGCUGCGUCGCCACCGGGCUGCCGGGGGACUGAAGGAGCAGGCCAGGCUGCACAAGGACUUCUUCAGUCAGGCCAAGCGACAGGAGGACGUGUAUUUCGGACAGAACGCCCUCUGUGAAUUUCAAGGCACGGAUCGUUUCGAGAUCACCGUGGGCGACAUGGCUCUGGUGGAGUGGUGA